AUGCAUCAAACACUCCUAGUAUAAUAUAAUUAUAUUCAUACUAAUAAUUAUCUACACUAUUCCUAUUCCUAUUUAAAUAACAGGAACAUCAAAACAACAAUUCAAAACACAGUCACACUGAUCAAGUGUAUAUCCAAGAUGAAGAAAGCAGAAGUGGUGUUUAUCCCUUUUCCCGGUCUGAGCCAUCUAAUUUCCACACUUGAGUUUGUGAAGCUUCUAAUCAAUCGUGAUAACCGUCUCCGAGUAACUGUUUUAGUUAUCAAAUUCCCACACAUAACAGAAAAUGAUGUCAACACUAAAUCCCUUCCUAUCUCAGAAUCUCUCAACAUCAUCAACCUUCCAGAAGUUUCUCUUCCCCCAAACACCGAUCCAGGUUUCUCUUCCAUGACAGCUCUCCUCGAAGCUCAGAAACCAAACGUAAAACAAGCUGUCUCCAACCUCACUACUAGAGAAGGACAACAUGGACACCUCGCCGCCUUCGUUGUUGACAUGUUCUGCACCACCAUGAUCAAUGUUGCCAAUGAGUUCAAUGUCCCUACGCUCGUUUUCUUCACUUCUGGUGUUGCUUCCCUUGGUUUGAAUCUUUACCUUUACACUCUUCGUGAACGAGACAAUGUCGAUUCGACUCAGCUGCUGCUGCAGAACGAGGUAGCCAUCCCGAGUUUCGCCAACCCCGUUCCUUCAAAAUCAUUGCCCAGUUUUGUGCUACACAAGGAAUGGGAGUCGUUUUUCAUGAGACUUGCAAGAGGCCUCAAGAAAGUAAAUGGCAUUAUAGUAAACUCAUUUGAAGAGCUAGAAUCACAUGCGGUUCACUCUUUUUUCUCUCAUCCUGAUCUAUCGGAUAUACUGAUAUAUCCGGUGGGACCUUUAUUAAACCUUGAGCCCAAAACAAAGGGCACUGUUGACGCUGAUUCUGAUGAUGUAAUGAAGUGGCUUGAUGAUCAACCUCCUUCCUCCGUAGUUUUCCUCUGCUUCGGGAGUAGGGGUUAUUUUGAUGAAGAUCAGGUUAAGGAGAUCGCACAUGCUGUUGAGAAUAGUGGGGCACGCUUCGUGUGGUCUCUGCGUAAACCUCCAGCAAAGGGCACUAUGGCUGCACCCUCGGAUUACCCUCUUUAUGAUUUGGGUCUGGUUUUACCUGAAGGAUUCUUAGAUAGAACUGCUGAGAUUGGAAGGAUAGUUGGAUGGGCCCAACAGGCCCAAAUACUAGCCCACCCAGCCAUAGGAGGAUUUGUUUCACAUUGUGGUUGGAAUUCAACACUCGAGAGCAUAUAUUUUGGUGUACCAAUUGCCGCAUGGCCACUCUUUGCUGAACAACAGGCUAAUGCUUUUGAAUUGGUGUGUGAGCUGAAGAUAGGUGUGGAUAUCGCAUUGGAUUAUAGGGUGGAGUUAAGUGGUAGGCCUAACUAUCUUGUAACUGCCGAUAAAAUUGAGCGAGGAAUAAGGAGUGUGUUGGAUAAGGAUGCAGAUGUAAGGAAGAAAGUGAAAGAGAUGAGUGAAAAGAGUAAGAAGACUUUGUUAGAAGGUGGAUCUUCUUACAAUUAUUUAGGUCGUUUGAUUGAUUAUAUUAUGUAUGAGGUAUGAAAUUAAAUUAUCCUAGUAUAUAAGGUUGGAGGGUAUUGGUUUAAUUUUCAACACUAAUCUAUAUAAUAUAACAAGGAUUAGCCAAUUUCACUUGGCUGAAAGUCUUGUUCAUUUUAGCUGUUCCUACUAGUGAUAACAUUUCAUUGUGUCGUCACUCUUGUAAUAUGUAAGGCCUUAAACCAUGCCCGAUUGAAUUUCAUAUAAGGGUAAUUUUAAAGUGAACCAACUUUGAUCUGUCACUCAAAAACACAUUUAAGUAUAUUAUAAAAAUUGAAACUAUCAUUUUUAUA